UAUUUUCUUCCGACCCAAAAAAAUCGAAAUCAAUUCAAACCCAUCAUAACUUUAUCAUAUGUUCAUCAUAUUUAACGUUAGUCUAUACCGUACAUGUUUAGAUCGAUACUUUCAAGAUUUAGAGAUGGAAUUUUAUUGUGAUCAAUGUUUUUUGUUUUGUAGCCAUGAUUUGAUUUGCUUAGAAGCACUUAAGAUUCGAUAAAUGAAAGUUUUUCAACUGUCUGAAAACAUUGAUACUUAUACAUCGUACAUUGACUUCUAAACUUUUUCAGCCCUUUUUUUUUCGUUUGCAAUGAAAAUCUAAUAUUAAAAGAGUUUUAAACACGUUUGAAACAAUUUUCAAAUGAAAUCAUAAAUAAAUUUUUAGGGAAAUUUUCAACAUAAUUUUUCGAUAAAAAUUAUUUCUCAAUUAAAAUGACUAAUAAUAAAAGAAAAAAAAAGAAAUUUCGAAACAUAUUGCGAGUGCAAUUCUUUAUCGAUCAUUUUGUUAAUUCUACUUUAUUAUUUAAGUUAUUGUGGACGAUUCGAUGGUCAGAUUUAGUAACUGCACUUCAUGAACUUUAUCCAUAUUGGACAAAUAAACGUAUAUCAUAUUUGAUUAUGGCUGCUGAAAGAGAUUUACAACAAUCAUCAAAAGAAAGAAAUGAUUUAGAAUUUCUAUUAUUAUUUACGGAAGAUGAUGAAGGUCAUAUAGGAGAAUUUUUAAUGAAUAUACGUCAACAGUUACAAUUAGAUAAAACUGAAUAUAUUGAAAAAAUAAAAGAUUUACUUAUUGGAUAUCCACUAGUAUCAAUUAAUCAAUUCAAACAAGUUGUACAACUUGUUGAUCCAAAUAUAUCGAAAAAUGAACUUCAAAGAUAUGUCAAUUGGGUAUUUGAACUGGAAAAGAUGUCAUUAACAUUAAACAAGGAAGAAAUAUCAUCGAAAACAAAUGAAAAUAUUCAAUUAAUUAAACCGAUACAAAAACGUAAUUUUGAAGAGAUUAUUCUUCGUUUAGAACGUUGUUCUUGUUUUAUGCAUUAG